AUGACAAAUGGUAGGAACUUCUUUAAGAACUGGAGGGAGUAUGUUCUCCCAAAUGUAGCAAUCCAACGUUCAAACAAUCCUCCAACAUACACAAAUUUUCUAAGAUCAUCAUGUAAGGCAACUCUUUACCCUGACCUUUGCUACAAUUCCCUUUCAACCUAUUCCAAUGCCAUCCAAACAAACCCUAAAAUGUUGGCGAGCGCCGCCCUUUCAGUGACCUUAACCACCUCGAAAACCACCACGGCGAUGUUCUCGAAGAUGUCGAAAGGGGCGGGGAUAAGGCCAAGGGAAGGUGGUGCUUUAAGGGACUGUUUGGAAGAGUUAAAUGAUUCAAUAAGUGAGCUUGAAGAAUCUAUUAAGGAAAUGAGUGAAAUGAAAAAUGGUAAGAAAAUGGGUGUUAUGAUGAAUGAUAUACAAACAUGGGUAAGUGCUGCAUUGACUGAUGAAAAUACUUGUAUGGAUGGAUUUGAUGGAAAGGUUAUGGAUGGAAAGUUAAAAAAUGUUGUAAGAGGGAAAAUUGUGAAUAUUUGUCAUCUUACAAGUAAUUCUUUGUCUUUGAUCAAUAGUUAUGCUUCUUUCAUUAAUAAUUGA